UAACACUACACCAACACAGAAUCUUAACUAGCUUAAUUAAGAGUGCAGCCAUGGCUAGUUUAAGAAGCAUUUUGUACUUAGCAACUGUGUUUUGCUGCUUGUUUGAGCAGAGCUUUUCUUUUAAUCCGAAGCAGUUGAACUUGUCACUCAGCGCCACCCAAUGGGACACUGCCGGAGCUACUUGGUACGGCAGCCCUGAUGGUUUUGGAAGUGACGGUGGAUCUUGUGGGUAUGGAGAUGUAGUUUCACAAGCGCCAUUCUCUUCCAUGGUUACGGCAGUAGGUCCUUCUCUUUACAAAUCCGGCAGGGAAUGUGGAGCUUGCUAUCAGAUCAAAUGUACCAAACAUAAAUCUUGUUCCGGCAAACCAGUAAGGGUGGUCAUCACAGAUUCUUGCCCUGGAGGGCCUUGUGCGUCCGAUGCUGCACAUUUUGACCUUAGUGGAACUUCAUUUGGUGCCAUGGCACUUCCUGGUCAAGGGGAGGAACUCCGCAAUGCAGGAGUAUUGGAAAUCCAAUUUGCACGCGUGGCAUGUGAUUAUUCAGGAAAAACUAUUGCAUUCCACGUGGACCAGGGAUCGAACUCGAACUACUUUGCUGCUGUGAUCGAGUACGAAGAGGGAGAUGGUGAUCUUGGUAGUGUUGAGUUGAAGGACGCUUCCUCAACUGACAGUGAAGGUGGCGAGGAGUGGCGUGCCAUGCAACAAUCUUGGGGUGCAGUGUGGAAACUUGAUGCAGGGUCAGCACUACAUCCUCCACUGUCAAUAAAGUUGACUUCUGGGUACUCAGGCCAGACAUUGUUGGCUAAAAAUGUGAUUCCAAAUGGGUGGCAACCUGGUGCUACCUACAGAUCCGUGGUCAAUUAUCUAUGAGUCUAGCUAUGACCACGUCUGAAGCAAUAGGAUCUGAAUUACUAGUAUAUAUAAUGAGCUAAGAAAUAUAUGUAGUAACCUAAAAGCAGGAAAAUGGAAGGAUUUAAGCAGUGCGAUCCUCAAUUUCUGCAAAGUCUAUAUAUGAAGUAAUGUAAUCAUAACUGCGUAGAAAUCAGCAGUUUAUGAUAUGAUCUUAAGAACUAUCUUUCUAUCUUUUGGUUUAAA